GAGAGAGAGAGUCUUGAGCUGGACAAGGAAGGGAAUGCAAGCGCAACGUCGCUUGGAGCUCCGCCGCAAGCUUGGAGCAAGGGCCUUUUCGUGCACGCCCUCCCCGCCAUCGUCCUCGUCCCCUCCCUUGGCGGCCCGCUACGAUCGCCUCCUCAAGAACUCCUGCGACGAUGCCUCCGCGCUGAAGCAAAUCCACUCUUCUCUCACCACCCGCGGUCUCCUCACUCGAGACCCCCACUUGAGCGCUCAGAUCAUCGUCAAAUACUCCAAAUUCGGGCACCCGCAUCAUGCCCGCUCCCUGUUCGACGGAAUUACUGCCAGAUGCGAGAGACCCAAUUCGUUCCUGUGGAACACAAUGGUGCGAGCGUAUGCCAACAAUGGGCAUUGCGCGGAUGCUCUGGAGCUUUACGCCCUUAUGCGCAGGGGUGGCGUCUUGCCCGAUAACUACACUUUCCCUUUUGUUCUCAAAGCGUGCGCUUCCGACUCGGACCCGCUCGCGCGCGGUUGGGAAGUUGUUCACGGGGAGACUAUAAAAACUGGGUUCGAUCCCGAUAUGUAUGUUGAGGCGGCUCUGGUUGACGCGUACGCGAAGCGCGGGCGAAUCGGUUGUGCGCGCAAGGUGUUCGAUGGAAUGACGCAGAGGGACCUCGUCUGUUGGACCGCCAUGAUUACUGCCUAUGAGCAGGCUGAGCAGCCUCAGGAAUCACUGGUGCUGCUUUGCAGGAUGCAGCGAGAAGAGAGUCUUUUGCCUGAUCCGGUUGCUGUGGUUAGUGUUGCCUCCGCUGUUGGGCAGGUGGGGGACGUUAAGAGUGCUAAAUCAGUGCAUGCGUAUGCCAUCCAGAAUGGGAUUUUGGGGGACGUCUGUGUCGCGAAUUCAGUUGUCGCAAUGUACACCAAAUGUGGGAAUGUAGAAUAUGCGCGCAUGGCUUUCGAUAGGAUGGAGGAAAGAGACAAAAUUUCUUGGAACUCCAUGCUUUCAGGAUAUGUACAAAAUGGACAGGCCAAUGAAGCUCUGUUAUUGUUUGAGCAGAUGCAGGAUUCUGGGUGUAAACCUAAUCCUGUGACGGCAUUGAUUAUGGUAUCUGCAUGUGCUUUCCUGGGAUCCUGCCAUCUUGGGAAGAAGAUCCAUGACUACAUACUCGAGAAUAAAAUGAAAGUCGACAUAACACUGCAAAAUGCUUUAAUGGACAUGUAUGCUAAGUGUGGGAAUUUGGAAACUGCUAGUCAGAUGUUCCAUGAAAUUCAUCUGAAAGAACGGGAUGUUAGUUCAUGGAAUGUGCUGAUCUCGGCAUAUGGCAUGCAUGGGCGUGGAGAAGAAGCAUUGAACCUCUACUUGCAGAUGCAAGAGAAGGGUGUUGCACCGAAUCAUAUCACUUUCACAUCCAUUCUUUCUGCAUGUAGUCAUGCCGGCUUGAUCAAUGAAGGCAGAAAGUGUUUUGCAGAUAUGUCAAAGCAUUCUGUUAUGCCAGAGGCGAAACAUUACACUUGCAUGGUUGACAUGCUAGGGCGAGCCGGACUCUUGGGUGAAGCUUUCGAUCUUAUCAAAAGUAUGCCAGCAUCACCAAAUGAUGGAGUUUGGGGAGCACUCCUUUUGGCCUGCCGAGUUCAUGGGAACAGUGAAUUGGGGGAGAUUGCUGCAAAAAUCUCUUUCAGAUUGAGCCAGAACAUCCAGGAUAUUAUGUGCUCUUGUCAAAUAUAUAUGCUGCAUCGAGGAGAUGGCAAGAAGUUGGGAAGCUGAGAGAAAACAUGAAAACUAGAGGACUAAGCAAACCCGCAGCUUUUAGCGUGAUAGAAUAUGGUCAAGAAGCAAUAGGAUUUUAUACUGCUGACCAGUUGAAUCCAUACCGUGGCGAAGUUCACAGGCAUAUGGAGCAGUUGGUUGUUGAGAUGAAGAUGCGAGGGUACUUUCCAGACCGAUCAUGUGUUCUUCAUGACGUUGAAGAUGAAGACAAGGAUCACAUUCUAAAUUAUCACAGUGAGAAGCUUGCUGUUGCAUUCGGAAUACUGAAGACAGAUUCGGAAUCAACUAUUACUGUGAGCAAGAACCUUCGCAUUUGCAAUGACUGUCACUCAACCUUCAAGUUUCUUUCGGACAUAUACCAGAGGCAGAUUGUGGUGAGAGAUGCCAACCGGUUCCAUCACUUCCAAGCUGGCUCUUGUUCAUGCAAGGAUUACUGGUGAUCUGCCACUUUUAUCUUGAGUACGCCUUAUCUGUUUAAAAAUGGACCUUCAACCCUUCCGAAACAUCCCAUUGGUGCAUUACUCUCAGGCGGACAGAUUCCCAAUUCUUGAUGAUGCAGAGGGAUUGAAUUUUCUUAUAAUGGAGAGGUAUAUUGAGGACCCUUUCUCGCCAUUAACUUCAAAUAGACCUCGAGAAAGAGCUUGAUAGCAUGUUAAUAUUCGAAGGGCCAGAGAGAUUUGAAGGUUCGCGUGCAUCUCGGAGGCUAGUGACCUCCCUUGUUUGACCACCUUUUUCUGGCCACCGAGGGUCGCGCAAGCUGGUUCUCUCAGCGUAUCAUGCAAAGCCAGUUUUGUGGUGAAAUAUGGGUUUGGAUUAAAUGGAUUCUUUAAGAACAAACUCGUCUUUCUCAACAGGUCGAAGGAUGAUUAAUUAGCUAAGGUACGAAGACGAGCACCCGUGGUCAUUCUUGCUCGUUGCAGAACUGUUAUAAGAAGAUCUGGACAGAGUGAAGAAAGUGGUCAGAAUUGGGGGCUCACAGAACGAUCAUCCUUAAAGUCAUUGUAACCUGAUGUCUAACAUUACAGAAUGAAGAUUCUCUUCCUAACCUCUUCGGGAAAAUGCUUCGUUCGAAUUUCUUAGGCAUAGAUAAUGUUUUCCUUUGCUUCCAUCAUGAAAUUAACAAUGCAAAACGUGCUUAGUCGGCAAGACCUGUCAAGAACGUUGGCCCUAGAUUUAUUCCUUCCCUUUUUCCUAUGCCAUUCUCUACUUGCCCAUCGCGAUUCACCUUGAUCUUGAUAAAUAUGUAUUAUUACUUCGAAAAGAUUGACCCUUUGUAAUGUUUAUCGUUUGCUCUAUGGGAUCGAUUAGUAUGCU